AUGGCGGCCACAUUCUCAUCUCUCUCCGACGAUAUCCGCUCACCGAUCUUACCACCUCCGGCGAAUAACAAAACUGAAAAGAUCUGCAUAGACGAGAUGCUUCAGAAAUACUGCGGCGAAUUCGGAAAGUGGCAGUUGAAACAUUUCGUUCUCACUAGUCUCGCUUGGGCGCUGGAAGCUUUUCACACCAUGGUUAUGAUUUUUGCUGAUCGGGAACCUGACUGGGAGUGUGUUUCCGGUAUAAAGUGUUCCGCCGCUGGAAGUGUUUGCGGUAUGUCACCCGAGUCGUGGGAAUGGAUCGGCGGAAAAGCCGCUUCGACGGUGUCGGAGUGGAGUUUGAUUUGCGGUGAUAAGUAUAAAGUUGGGCUUGUUCAGGCUGUUUUCUUCGCCGGCUGUAUGAUCGGAGCAGGAGUAUUUGGCCACCUUUCAGACUCAUCUCUAGGAAGAAAAGGUUCUCUCACUGUGGUUUGUGCCCUAAAUGCCAUAUUUGGCUGCUUAACUGCAUUCUCCCCUAACUACUGGAUCUAUGUCCUCCUCCGCCUCCUCACUGGUUUCAGUACCGGCGGGGUUGGUCUCUGCGCCUUUGUCCUCGCUACCGAACCCAUCGGCCCAUCAAAACGCGGCCCAGCCGGAAUGUCCACCUUCUAUUUCUUCUCCGGAGGCAUUGCAAUUCUCUCCGGCAUCGCCUACACCUUCCAAACAUGGCGCACACUCUAUAUCGUGGCCUCCAUUCCUUCUCUCCUUUACAUUAUCCUCGUCCUUCCCUUUAUCACGGAGUCACCGAGAUGGUACCUCGUUCGAGGAAGAAUAAACGAAGCCACUAAUCUAAUGUCCACCAUUGCUUCUUUCAACGGGAAACACCUUCCAGAUGGAGUUGCCCUCGCACUUGACGAAGAAGUAUCAGAACCAAAAGAAGCAUCAAAUUCAGAUUACAAUCUCAUUAAUUACAAGGAAAUGAAAAACAAGGAUGCACUAGUUGGAUCCAUCGUCGACGUGAUUCGAAACCCAACUACACGUAUUAGGUUAAUUCUAGCAAUAGCUCUUAACUUCUUAGCAUCAGUGGUGUACUAUGGUCUUAGUUUAAACGUUGCAAACCUCGAAACAAACCUCUACAUAAACGUGCUUUUGAAUUCUGUCGCAGAGAUGCCAGCAUUCACAAUAACAGCGGUGUUAUUGGAUCGAUUCGGGAGAAAGCCAUUAACAAUAGGGACAAUGUGGUUCAGUGGAAUCUUUUGUUUUAUGGGAAGUUUGAUGAGCAAUAUCGGCGUGUGGAGAAUAAUUAAAAUGGUGUGUGGUGUUUUGGGAAUAUUUGGAAUGGCUGGGACUUAUAACUUGUUGUUUAUUUACACAGCGGAGUUGUUUCCUACGGUGGUGAGGAACGCGGCAUUAGGAACAGCGACGCAGGCGGCUCAAAUGGGGGCGAUUUUGGCGCCUUUAGUGGUGGUUUUGGGUGGUUGGUUGCCGUUUGGGGUGUUUGCAGGAUGUGGAAUUUUGGGUGGCAUGUUUGCAUUUUAUCUGCCGGAGACACUAAACAUGCCUCUUUAUGAUACAUUCAAUGGAUUGGAGGCUGGACUAAAAUGA